AUGAAUGUGAGUGGUUUCUCACCCAUCUCCUUCGACGCACCUGUCGCGGGAGAUGAAUAUUUCGAUUCCUUUGAUUGCUUCGCGGCGCAAGACGAACAGCCCCAUCCGACUUUUUAUGCGACCCCCCUGUCAAUCCGAGAAUGGCCUGGUUCAUCGCCAGCCUCGAAAGAGCCGCUCAUCGACAAAGUGGUCAUGAGAAUCCCCCCCAGCCUGCAAAAUGGCCUCAACCUCCACCAUGGCGACAUGAGCGGUCCGAUCCCUUUCACGAGUCCUCCCAUGAUUGACCAGGUCAUCAUGCAUGUACCCCCUCAACAGCAGCAAGACCUCCUCCGUCCCCAGAGCGAGCAACCGUUUGAGUACACCUUCAACAAUAGUUUCGUAUCCGGACCGGAGUGGCACAGCCACGUCAGCCUCAAUAACGCGGUCGCCGGUCACGAUCAAAUAUUCACGUCUGGUGAGCCUCAGCCGGACGCCCGGCCAACUGGACAAAAGAGAAGGUGGCUCCCUUCCGAUUUCCAGCAUCUGAUGUCGCUGACAGGCUGCCAGACUCGAAGGACUCCAAGUUUUCCUGCGGGUUUUGCCCCAAGACUUUUAGGCGCAGGGAAAUCUGGAGGGAACAUCAAGAAUGGUGCAAGAAUCGGUCACGAGCGUCAAUACCGAAACGAGGGAAAAUGGCGAGGUGCGUCGCUUGCGCGACUCGGGACGUUGACUGUAGCCUGGGCACACCGUGUUUCAAUUGUGCGACAGAGGGCGAAGAAUGUACUCGGCGUAAGUCCCCUGUUAGCGGUAUUGGGUCAUGAGUAUCAAACACCAGCCGAUACUUCCCACAUUGACGCAGGCGGUUACAUUGAUUUCGCUGACAUUCUGCUCCAAGGUUUCGGCAUUCGUACGAACGAGAAUGCUUCUGCUUCUGCGCGAUCCAGGUCCACCUCACCACAGGAAAUGUUUCCUAGUCCCGAACAACCGAGCUUUCCGAUGAGGGUACUAUGGUCACCGCCGGCCGACCCCUCCUGCGGACAACCGCAGUCAAGAAUCCACAGCGUUCUCUUUCAGAACUAUUUGCGCCGUUUUGAGGGCCCCUUGAAAUGGUGGAUUGCGAGGCUGAGUUCUGGGCCCACCGAUGGCCUGGACGGGGAAGUUCAAGAAGACAAGUCGUCGCCUUCUCUGAUUGACAUGGCCCAGCAGCUCGACGCCGAUUUGAUGUCCUGGCAUCAAGAGAGUGCCUGGAGCGUGUUGAAAACGGCAAUUGCAGCGUUCGGGAGUCAGGGGAUUGAUCCAAGGUCCGCCAGGUGGGAGCCGAGAUACGGAUUCGAUAAUGGCUGUCGGCCAGAAUUCUGGGUCAGAGCCAAAGCAGCCAUCGAUAACAGCCCCGACAUCCUUUCCUUUCAGGUCAUCCUGGCGAACUUCAUACUUGGGAUGAUCCAUCGUCCGUCUUCAGGACACGAUGAGAGUUUCGCCAGCGAGGCGCCGUCGGGAAUAGCAUUCCCACGUCAAGAUAGUCGGCAAGUUGGCAACAGAUUCAUUCGGCGGGGUAUCUCCGAUCUCUACCAGUUGAUCCGACAAUGCAGAGAUAGCUCAGCUGCUGGGUUUACCAGCACCAACGCAGGUCAGCAAUAUCUGAGAUCAUUCUUCAGUCUCGGUCUGGUGCUGGACACGAUCUCAGCCGCAGUUGACGGUCGUCCAGUCCUCAUCCACGACGAAGACUGUGCAAUCAUUCUGGGUGAGAAGUCUGCGGAAGCAAACGUUGAACAGAAUUCUGGGCUAUGGCAGCUCCCCAACAUGCAAUGGAAGGAGGUCAAAGUGAUCAAAACACCAGAUGGGAGACAGACGAUAGAUUGCCAUUCCCGGUUGGGUGCUGAAGGCGCUCCAAUCACCACAUUGCUCUUCCGCAAAGUUGCGCAGCUUCAAGCUCUGCUCUUCCGACGACGACCAGAAUCCGAGCUUGAGACAUGCAUCCUCGAGGCUGUGGACGUGUACAACCAUGGGAACAAGCGAUACGGGGGGCUCUCCUCCGAUCCGCUCAGCAUCUGCGAUUCCUCGUGCACAAUAAACCUGGGGAUUCGAUGGAACCUGGCCUGUCUUCUUCUGGCUGACGUGACAGAACGGAUUGAGCUUGUGAUGAAGCCAUUGACAUUGUCGGAAAAGCUCCGCGCGACUCUCUGUAACAUGAGAAUGAAAGCGGUCUGUAUCAUCUCGGGGCUUGCAAGACUCUCGACAUCGGCAUCCGAAGGGGAGCCAUCAACAAUGCUUAUCGGCGAGAAGAUCGCCAGCGCCUUUCUGGAUGACCCCUGGACCCAGGUCCUCGUCCGCGCUAUGCUGCAGGCCUCGAAGGUUUCCGAGGUUUGGCGGAAAGACGGCAAUGCCAUCAGAACCCCACAAACAACAGAUACGCUCUCGCCAAGCGAGCUCAGUUGUCUGGAUUGCGUCAAGCGGCUCGGGUCAUAG